AUGAAACAUCCACGCUCAUGGCCAAAAGUUUACAUCUUUGCCAUGUGUACUGUCACAUUAAUGUAUCUAUUAAUUGGCAUUCCUGCUUACAUAACUUAUGGUCAUACGACUCUUUCUCCAAUAUACUUAAACCUUCCGUCGGGUUUUGCCGUGACUACUUCAAUUUUAAUGAUGACAGCUCACGUCUUAUUAGCUUUACCAAUAUAUCAAACUGCUUUUAGUUUAGAAAUAGAAGAUUACUUGGGUAUUAAUGUUGCAAAUAUUGGUAAAAUUCGUGAAUUCAUCUUUAGAGUCCUUUUAAGAUUAUUAAUCGUAAUAAUUACAACUUAUUUGGCUGUUACUAUUCCUUAUUUUUCUGAUCUGAUGGCUUUGUUGGGUGCUUCGG